UUCGGUAGCUCUACUUGUAGUGGUGUAAUUGAUUUAUGUUAAAAUCGAUUGUUAUGGGGGGAUUAAAGAUGUAAGAUUAUGAAAGUUUAAGCAAACAUAUACCUGCUUACACAUUUCCCAAAGAGGUUUUUGAGCCUAAGGAUUUUGUGAGGCUGCCCUUUAAUAUUAAUUAUCAUUAUUAUUAGAUAUAAAUAAUUUAAAUUGAGUUGAAUUUUGGUUUAUUUGAGCUGAAAGUUUUUUUUUAGGCUGCCUUUGAGUUUGCGAGAUACUAGUUAUAGUAUUCAUGAUAUUUAUUUAUUAUCUAUGUUAGAUUUAGGUUAAGAUUUUAGUCCUGCUAUGCAUAUUUAUCUCUAUGCUUGAAUUUGGUAAAUAUAUGUAAAUUCCUCUGUACAAUCUCAUUGCAUAGUGAUUCAGUUUCAUGGCUUCCGAGUACAAUGUAUCGGUUGCCUUCUGUUGAUUUAUUAAGUAAGAAUAUGUCUAAUAGGCGGCACUCUUUAUUCCGUGCUAUCUUUUUCUCCGGUGUUACCGGUUACCUAUGUUUCCGGUAAGUAUAGUUAAUUUACAAGCUGGCAUCUUGUCUUUAUUGUUUGUAUUUUAAUUUUUAUACAAUCUUGCUUUAAUAUUAAGUUUGUACAAUUAUUUCAUGACUUUCAGGGGUUCCUGAUGAGUUUUGAGGUUUUUUUUCGUUGUAUUGCGGUAUCUUUAUUAUUAUUAUGUAGUCGCGGUGAAUUGUAAGUCUGAAACAUUUAAAAUUGGUUUAUUUUCUUUUGACUAGGAAGUUUUUGGUUUAAGAUUCUUGAAUAUCUAUUCAGAUUUGAUGAGCCACUACUAUGUUGUUCCAACAAUCCUCUACUUAUUUAAAGAAAUUUCUUGUUGUCUGUCUAUCUCCAUUCGUUUUUGAUACUUACGAUUGAUUCAAAUUUCUGGAUUUCAAUUUUUAUAUACUAAACUGCUCUGCAAGUAUUUUUGUUUCGAAUGACCUCUGUUUAUCAUGUAUCACUUUCAGCUAAUCUGUAUAUCUUUUGUUUCCUUGUAUCUGGUUUUGCUUAUAUGAUAGUACUUAGGAAUUGUCACUUAGGUUUUUUUUUUUUCAGAUUUUACUGUAUUGUUUAGUAUUUAGUGUGCUUUUGAAAGAGUGUUAAUUGAAGAACUUUACAUAUCCAGUGUGUGUAACAAUCUGUAACAAACCUUUGUUUUCGUCCUUUCUUUUUUAGCACCUGGAAUCUCCAGACUGUUAGCUGUGUAAUUGAUUUACACAGCAGCAUUAAUGCCGAAUGUUAUGGGGAUUAGGGAAUGUGGGAUUAAAGUCUAAUUUGUGAGAUCUUUCGACUCACACAUCUCUCUAGGAAAGUGUAACCAAACAUAUAUCUGAUUACACAUUUCUGAGAGAUAUAUUUAAGCCGAAAGAUUUUCGGAGGCUGCCUUUAAUUUUAGCAGUAACAGGGGCAGAGAGUUAAAUCUCAAGGACACUCUCGGAGUUUAUGUCCACGCGGUAACAAUAUUAGUUAUUAUAAUUUUUACUUAUUUAUCAUCAAUCUUAGAUAUAAAUACUUAAAUUAGAAUUUAGUCCUACUAUGUAUUUUGACGUCAUCUUAAUGCUUGAAUUUGGUGAUAUGGCAAUAUUGUGCAUGUGAAUUUCUCUGUACAAUCUGACUGCAUUGUGAUUCACUGUAUAAGUUAUCCUCUGUUUAUUUCGCUACGUAAUAAAUGUCUAUUUUGGUAAAUCCUAUGUCUAAAAUCCUCGAUGUAGCAUAUUGUGUCUAGAGUUUGUAUUUCAAGUUUUUUAUUUGAUUACUUGCUUUAAUAAUAUGUUUAUCCACAUAAUUCAUAACUUUGGGGUGUCGCAUAAUAAUAAUCUCUAAGUGUGUUAUUACUUUAGUUUUCUACUCAAUAUAAACCUUUGAGUUUGUUAUAAUUUUUAAAUUUUUGCGGAUUAUUACUUUGUAUUGUUAUGUAGUCAUGGAGAUCUGAAAGUCGAUACGCUUGACCUAGUUUAUUCUCUUAGCUACUGAUGUUGUGGUAUUUGGUUGUUUUCUCUCUGGAUUCUUACAGUUUCAACAGCCAUCUUCAAAGUUCGUAGUUGUUUUUUUUCAAAAAUAAAAAUAAAAAUAGUAAUGUCGUUCAUCAUUUUUAAGAAUUGUUAGUAUUUUCGUCAUAUUCUCUGUUAUCUAUGUAAACAUGACAAUCAAUUUUCCUAUACUAUGACCGGUAAGUUUUUGGUAGACCUGGGAAACAGUUCGUGUCGUGUAUUUUCGUGUUUUCGUGUACUGAACCCUAAACCCGAACCCGAACUGUUUCGGUUUCGUGUACCAGUUCUGGAACACGUACACGAACCGAAUUAUUUCGUGUCAACACGAACCGUACACGUUAAGUACACGAAAAAUUUCGUGUACUUUCUGUGUACCACGAACAGUCCGGAUGAAAUGUACACGAAAUACACAUUUGUACACGAAAGUACACGGAUUUCACAAAAAAUCUAUUAUUUUUAUAAUUUUUCUGUGACAAACAAUAGAUUAGACAUAUAAUAAAUUCAUAAGAUAAAAGAAAUGAAAUAACAGAACUAAAAUUUAUUAAAGAAUAUAUAUAAAUAAGUAUAAUAUAUUUUUUAAUUUAUAUUUAUUUAUUUAGUUCGUGUACUUUCGUGUCGUUCGUGUACUUAUAUCAAAAACCGAACCCGACACUAAUAGUAACGUGUACUUUUCGUGUUCGUGUACUUUCGUGUUCGUGUAUCGAAUAUUGAAAACCAAACCCAAAUUUUCGUGUUGUGUUUUCGUGUCGUGUACCGAAUUGCCUGGUCUAGUUUUUGGGUUUAAGAUUCUUGAAUUUUUAUACAGAUUUAUUUGGCUCUAAUGAUGUUUAGACUUUAGACAAACCUCUAUUUACCCAUAGAAAAUUCUUGUUUCCUGUAUAUCUCCAUUCUUCUUUCCUAUGACUGCAGAAUUGCUCAUCAGUAUUUAUUUUUCAGAUAACCUCUGUUUAUCUUGCAUCACUUUCAGAUACUCUUAAUUCUUUAUUCCUCUUUAUGCAUUGUUACUUCAAUAAGUAAAUAUGGUAAGCUUUUAUGAAGUCUCAUUUUCAGAUUGUUUUUCUAUUGCUUAAUAUUUGGUGUGCUUUUGGAAAGUGUUAGUUGCAAAAAUUUGAAUAUUCCAGUGUUACACUGGAACAAAAUGGAUGACGAUAACAUAUUGCAAUCUACUACCAUGCCUCUUAUGUAAUCUAUUCAACCAUUUUUUUUUCUUAUUAUCUGUUUUUUUAUUAUUUAUUGUGUCAUUGAUCUUCUUUGUGUAAUAAUAUUUUUUCUAUCGUGUCUUUGAAUAUAUUUUUCUCUAUUGAGUCUCUGAUGCCAUUCAAGCCCAUUAACAUUUGCUUGCAAAGAUAAAGGCUCGUUGGUUGUGGAUUUAGUUUGUUUAUAGUGCAGGAAAGUGAUGAAGAUUAUAUUUUGUAGUAUGUUUGCAAGAUUGUGUCCCGUCACAUCUUAUGAUAAAAGGCGAGGAUACACAUUUCAUCGAUAUCUUCAGAAGGCUAGAAAUUCACAUGUUAUUGCAACAACUGUUUUUGCUUAUCAAUUUUUAUGCAAAUUAUUACCAAAAUUUGUAAUAAAACGAUCCGAUAUCUGAGCAGAAGGGUGUCCGGUUUCACCUGGUUCAUUUUACAACUCUACGCAUGUGUAAUCACUCAAAAUGACUAAGAGAUAGAUGUGAUUAUAUCCAAAAAUACUUCCUAGAAGUGUGAAUUUGAAGUAAGGCUUGCUGGAAUAAGAUACAGGAGAUUUUCUUGCUGGAAUAAGAUACCGGAGAUACAGGAGAUUUUCUUGCUGGAAUUUGAAGUGUGAAUGAAUAAGAUACCGGAGAUUUUCUUGCUGGAAUAGCAAGGCUUGUGGAUCUUAAGGGAUUAAACCUCUGGAGGAAUCAGUUUUAUGGAAAGAUUCCUGUGCAAAUUGGUAGACUAUAUCAGUUGGAAAUUCUUGAUCUGUCCAAUAACAAAUUUUCAGGUGACAUCCCUCGAAGCAUGUCUUGUACAUUUAACUUUCUUUGAUUAUUUAGACGUUUUUUGAUUAUUCAUAUAUAGUAUUAUAUAUUUAUUUUAGACUAAAUAAUAAUUAUUUGAAUAGUUGAAAUAAAAUGAUUUUUAAUGUUAGUGGAUCAUAUUCUGCUCAUAUUCGAUGGAUCGUAAACUACCUAGUUAGAAAAUAAUACUGGUUCAUAUGUGGAUUGGAUCCGGAGCUCAAGUAUCGGGGAUUAUUUUAUAUCGGAAUAAAAUUAUUCCAAACCCGAAUCUAGACACAAUUAAAAAAAAAAACGAUCCGAUAUAUGAGCAUAAGGGUGUCCAGUUUCACCUUGUUCACGUGUAAUCACUCAAAAUGAGAGAUAGAUGUGAUUAUACCCAAAAAUGCUUUUUAGAAGGGUGAUUUUGAAGUAAAAUCUUAAGUCCCACAUAAUUGCGGAAAGAGCCUUUGAAGGUUUGUGCGGUAAGAACACUUUUGUAGUGCUUAGAUGUAUUGUUCUACCACUUACGUGUGCGCAGUUCUGCGGUUUGCCAUGCAUUGGAGACCUACAUGUUUCAUGUUCUUAACAAACUCGAGGUUGAUUUCAUGUUUCAUGCAUUGAAGCCAGGGCUCCAAGGUUGAUUUCGAGGACUGUGCAAGGGCUAAUCACAUUGACAUUGUGUUAAAAUUCAUUCUCUCGAUGCUUUCCGAAGCUUUAUUUCUUUGGUUUUACAGGGUGACCACCAGGAGAAAACGCCAUGGUUUUAGCCUUGCUCCUUUUAAGACGGGAAGUUAUGAUGGGGCCGUUUGGGUGAGCUUAAAAAAGUGCUUCUUUAAAGUAAAGAAAUGAAUUAGUAGUGCGAAGUAAAUUAAGACUUAUAGUGAUUAAACUAUUUGGGAAAAAAGAAGAAGUCCUGAAACAGAAGUUAGCAUUCUUAGCUUGUUAUAAGUACUUGUAGGUUUUUACACAACGGUCAAGAAAAGCAGAAGCCAGCUUUUUACCACAUAAAGCCAGAAGUAGUCGUUCCCAAACAUCCUCCAUGUCUGAGUUUAUUCCCUCAGUUCAUUUCUGCAAUAUUUGUAUUUGAUUUCAGUUUAAGUUUCUUGGAGCAUGUCUAAUGACAUCUUUAAACAAAUUUUUUAAUUUUAAAUUUAGAAAUAUGUGAAAAAGUGUCCCAAAGAGCUCAGCUCCUUUUCUUUUUCUUUUUUCCCAAAACAAGCUCAGCUCUUCUAAUAUAAAUGUUUUUAAAUAAUUGUCAUGAUAUUAAAUAUAUUAAUUUUAAUAUAUAAAUGUUGAAAAUUUUGUGAUCUGUGAGAGGAAAAUAUUAUCUAUUCAAUAAUUAGGGAGUAAGGCUAGUUCGCAGACAAGACUGGAAAGCACUCCUUUUACCCAAGUGAGCUGAUGGCCAUUCCUUUUGUGAAAGAAAAGAGCUUUUAGGACUACAAUUUCAUCAAUUCAGAGAACCUUCACAGUUCACACAUUGGGUCUCCGGAGACUUCCCGGGCAAUCAUUUUGCAUUUAUAUCGACAUUAUAUCCCUUAGACAACCAUUUUCUUGAGUCGUAUCAUAAUGGUGUGUGUAAUGGUGAUGAGGAAUGCAUUACUUGUUUGGUUUCUAGUUUUCGGUAUGCUCUGCAUGGGAACAAUCUUACUGUCUUCUGCUUCAUCAGAGCUGGAUUCAAACAACACGAUGGUGAAUAAUAACAACAAGUGCAUUGAAACAGAGAGACUUGCUCUGCUCGACAUCAAACAAGGCCUUGCAGACACUUAUGGCAGUCUUUCUUCGUGGGGAAGCAGCAAAGACGACGAGAAUUGCUGCCAAUGGAGUUUACUUGAGUGCGACUCCGACACUGGUCAUGUCACUCACCUUCAUCUUUCAUCUCUUAAUGACGGUGAUACUAAUGAUGCUUCCAAUAUCAGUUCUUCAUUGCUUCUUCUAAGGAAUCUACAGUACCUGGAUCUCAGUUAUAAUGGUUUUGACAUCCCUAUUCCGAGUUUCUUUGGUUCCCUGCCAAACUUAGUUCACCUUGAUCUUUCUGGUUGUCAUUUUCAAGGAGCAAUUCCAGAUGAGCUUGGGAAUCUCUCCAAGCUAAGUUUUCUGGAUCUGUCCUAUAAUCAACUUGAAGGUAUGAUUUCAAACUCCGUUCGUAAUCUGUCAAGCUUGCAAACUGUUGAUUUCUCCCAAAACAAUCUCACUGGGAAUCUUCAAGAUCUCUUGUAUAUGUUGCCUGAGGCUACUUUACAGACAUUGUCGAUAUCUGAAAACCAACUUACUGGUUCACUGCCUGAUAUCACAGCAUUUUCAUUCCUCGAAGAAUUGCUUGUUGAUUACAAUCAGUUAAAUGGAUUUCUACCAAAAGAAUUCAAACACAAAUCAGUUUUGACAAUCCUGUCUUUGUCGAAUAAUUACCUCAGAGGUUCUUUACCUGAUUUCUCAGGAUUUUCAUUCUUACAAGGUUUAUAUCUUAAUGAUAAUAAAUUUUCUGGGAGUGUUCCUGAUUUUGAUGGAUGUUCGGCGUUAGAAUCCUUGUAUCUUCCUGGGAAUCAAUUGACUGGCUGGGAAACUCAAUCAAUAGGACAACUCACUAAUCUUGUUCGGCUAGAUCUUUCAAGGAAUUCAAUCAACAGUACAAUUAAUGAACAUCACUUGUCGGAACUUUACAAUUUGAACCAGAUGAAUGCAUCAUUUAAUUCUUUGACAUUCAAUAUGAGUUCCGAUUGGCUCCCCCCUUUCAAACUUGACCAUCUUUUGUUGGCAUCAUGCAAGUUGGGGCCAAAAUUUCCCAUUUGGAUCCGAAAUCAAACUGAAAUUAGUCUUCUUGAUUUCUCAAGCACCCAAAUUUCAGAUACCAUCCCCAUGUGGUUCUGGGACAACUUUACCAAGAUCAUUAAAUUAGAUCUCUCUUCCAACAAAAUCAGUGGCACGUUGUCCUCCAUACCAUUACAUAUUGAUGAGAUAAAUUUGAGUUCUAAUUACUUUGAAGGACCGUUACCACGCAUUCCCACAAUUUGUUCGGAAAUUAAUCUCUCUCAUAAUAAUUUUUCAGGAGAACUAGUAUUAUCUGCAGCUGAAGUCAUGAGUUUGAGGUUUCUUGAUCUUUCUCAUAAUUUAUUGUUUGGCGAGAUUCCCGAUAGUUGGAAAUACUUUGAAGAUCUCAUAUUUCUCAAUCUAGGAAAUAACAACUUUUCGGGUAGAAUUCCUAUGUCCAUAAGGUAUCUACAUUCUCUCAAUAAAUUGAUUUUACGAAAUAACAAGUUGUACGGAGAAUUUCCUGAGUCUUUAAGAAAUUGCACCGAACUUGGUUUUGUCGAUGUUGGUCUAAAUGGCCUAUCUGGAACUGUGCCAGCAUGGAUUGGGAAAGACCUACCACAGCUGUAUGCUCUGGUUUUGAAAUCCAAUAAAUUUUAUGGGAGCCUGCCUGAUGAUCUGUGUUAUCUCUCACAUCUUCAUUUUCUAGACCUGUCCAUGAACAGACUUUCAGGAAAUGUUCCUCAAUGCUUCAGCCGUCUAAUUGCUAUGACUAAUAAUGGAACUGGUACAACAGAUCAUCACAACAAUCGUAUACUUUCGGCAUCUUCAGAUAGAAGGAAUCCAUAUAAUAGGGGAUGUUCAAAAAUAACCCGUUGUAGGAGCAAUAGCGGUGAUGUUUCAUAUCUGGAUGAAGCAUUGGCAGGUUGGAAAGGAAAGGAACGAGAAUUUAGAGGAAAUUUCGCUUCACUUAACAUGAUAGAUCUUUCCAGCAAUAAAUUUACCGGAGAAUUUCCUACUGGAAUAGCAAGGCUUCUGGAUCUCAAAGGAUUGAACCUCUCGAGGAAUCAAUUUUAUGGAAAAGUUCCUGUACAAAUUGGUAGACUAUUUGAGUUGGAAGUUCUUGAUCUGUCCAGUAACAAUUUUUCAGGUGACAUCCCUCGAAGUAUGACUGGUUUAACUUUCCUUGCUUAUUUAGAUCUCUCAAGCAAUAACUUUUCAGCAAGAAUCCCAUUAGGAGGUCAACUGCAGGCAUUCAAUUCUUCCAUGUAUGAGGGGAAUCCUGGACUCUGUGGCUUGCCACUCACAAAAAGAUGUCCGGGAGAUAAAACAAGGGUCGAAGUUCCCCCACCAUCUAAUGGAAAUGAAGUUGAUGAAGACGAGAUUUUAUAUGAGAGAUGGUUAUAUAUAAGUACAGCCCUUGGUUUCAGCACUAGUUUUUGGGGAAUCUGUGUAACUCUACUUGUUAACAGGCGCUGGAGACAUGCAUAUUUCCUGUUCUUAACGAACUUAAAGGAUCAGCUUUAUGUGUUCAUAAUAGUGCACAUUGCUAGAUUGAAGGUAAGGCUUCAAGGUUGAGUUCAAGGGAGGCCACCAAGAGAAAAGGCCAUGUUUCAGCCUUGCCCCUUUCAAGACUGGGCUUUGAUUCAUUAAACUCUUUAUUGCAGUUAGUAGAGUAUGGGAAUGUAUCGCCCUUUAGUUGUGCACUUCCGAUCUUAGAGAUGGCUUCUUCAGCUCGUUGAUCAUCGUCACCUAAUAUACCAUUGUCAUGACAUGUGUUGUUGAUAGGUUCAUCAGCUAAUAUACCAUUGUGCAUCUUGAAAAUCUUAUAAUAAGAAAUUCGAGAGUGUAACCAUGAUCUGUACAAUGAGAAGAGCUAUCAAAAACACAUGCAGAUGUCUCU